AUGACGACCGGACAUCGACAAUUCGACGAUGGCCUGUCUGAGAGAGAGCGGUUAAUUCACGAAGCAGGGCUAACUCUACAACGUUCUAUGGACUAUGCUUAUAAUGUGGUACGGUCUGAUGGGCAUUGGUGUGGGGAGAUGAGCUCAAAUGUCACCAUCACAGCCGAAUAUAUCUUUCUCCGACAGGCUCUGGGACUGGACCUGAAAACUGAUGGUGCGGCCUAUUGUCGCCACAUACUCUCCCAGCAAAAUAGUGACGGCUCCUGGGGUCUAGCACCUGAGUAUCCAGGUGAUGUCUCGACAACCACAGAAGCAUAUCUCGCGCUGAAAAUGUUAGGGCUGAGUACAGAUGCCCCAGCCAUGCAACAAGCCAAAGCAUUCGUUCUCAAUGCGGGUGGUGUUGCCAAGGUUCGCGUCUUCACUCGCAUUUUCCUGGCAACCUUUGGCUUGUUUCCAUGGAAGGCCGUACCCCAGCUCCCUGUAGAGCUGAUUCUGCUGCCUUCUGCAUGUCCAAUCAACAUCUACAAGUUCGCUUCUUGGGCCCGUGGAACCAUUGCCCCUCUUUUGAUAAUCUGUCAUCAUCAACCGGUCUACGCGCUCCCUAACGGAGUAUUUGCGGAGAACGAAUAUCUAGACGAGUUAUGGCAAGAUUCCACUAACAAAAGCGAGCCCUACAGUCCAUCCAUCUGGGAGCUGCUGUCCCAGGGCGACAUCACUGGAUUGACAUUCAGUCUGCUGGACAAACUGCUAUAUCAACUGAAUGGUCUUCGCUCAAUCCCUCUACUCAGGUCAUACGCACUGAAACAAUGCAUGAAAUGGAUCCUGGAGCGCCAAGAACCGACCGGCGACUGGGCCGGAAUCUUCCCCCCCAUGCAUGCAAGUGUGUAUGCCUUCGUGCUGGAGGGGUACAAACUGGAAGACCCCCCUGUGAGACUUGGCAUUGAAGCACUCGAGAACUUUGCAUGGGAAGAUGCAAAAGGCAAAAGGGUUCAACCUUGCGUUUCGCCCGUAUGGGAUACGACCCUGAUGUCCAUUGCGCUCUCCGACGCCGCGACCCCAAAUCACCAGAUUGUCGAUCGCGCUAUUCAAUGGAUCCGAGACCGCCAGUUACUCGAACCCCGCGGUGAUUGGCGUGUAUACCGACCUCGACUUGCGCCCGGGGGGUUCAGCUUCGAGUACACGAACAGCCACUAUCCCGAUAUAGACGACUCGGCAGCGAUCAUCCUUGCGCAAGUGAAGCAUGACCCUAUAUCGGCCAAUUCUAGCUCCGUGAUCGCAGCAGCUACGUGGAUCUUGGGCAUGCAGAACCCGGACGGAGGGUGGGCUGCCUUUGAUGUGGAGAAUGACAAGUUAUUCCUCAACAAGAUCCCGUUCAGUGACAUGGAUAGUCUAUGUGAUACGUCUUGCGCUGACAUCACCGGGCGCAUCCUGGAAGCUUUCGGACUGCUGAUUCGCCGAGUCCCUGAUAAGGACUCCAGCCAACUAUUCCAACUUCUCCCUGCAAUACGUGCAGCGUGCAGGCGAGGUAUCCGAUACCUUGCCUCGACACAGGAAGCCAACGGAGCCUGGUUCGGGCGAUGGGGGUGCAACUACAUCUAUGGGACUAGUCAUGCACUGUGUGGUCUGGCGUACUUUUUGCAAGAAGAUCAACAGGUGCCCGCCAUGGUCCAGCCGGCGUUGCAAUGGCUGAAAUCGCAGCAAAAUGAUGACGGCGGAUGGGGUGAGUCCUUGCUGUCAUACCAGAGUCCGGAGAGAAAGGAGCAAAGAUCGACCGCGUCACAAACUGCAUGGGCGCUCAUGGGAUUACUGGCUCAUCUUCCCCACACCGACAUCGUUAUUGAACGCGGCAUACGGUGGCUGGUUUCCUCUCAAAGACCGGUGGAAACCCUUGGGUCUACAUGGCCUGAACCAGUAUACACGGGCACGGGAUUCCCAAAUCAUUUUUAUUUGGGCUACGACUACUAUCGCCACUACUUUCCAAUGAUGGCACUCGGGCGGUAUUUACGCGGGGUUCAAGGCUAG